GAGUGAGAGUUCUGAUUCGGACAGCGAUUAACUUUUGCUUUUGUGUAUUAUUAUGCUUUAUAUACUCUCAUAUUCUAAAAUUCAGAUAAAUUAUUCUUGCUUAAUCAUUAUCAUUUGUAAUAAUACUCAUAUUUCCGCUCAAUCGAAGGGGGCGAGUUUUUCGAUCUGUACAUUGGAGCGAGUAGGUUUUCCUAUAUUCAUUUCCUAGUACAGAUGCG